GCCGGGAUGUGUCACUUCGGCGGCCCACAAACGUGUAAUCCGAAGAGGGCGAACAAAAGGCAGGAGCGCGUAUAAAAGGGGCUGCGGGACAUCCCCGGCCCCAUGUCUGCGCCAGGCAGCGCCCGGCCCCGGCUCGCUCCGCUCCGGCUCCGGCUCCGGCUCCCGCCCGCCUGCAACCUGCGCUCGCCCCUGCAGCGACCGGGAUGACUCGGGCGCCGCUUUCCGCCCUGCUCGCUGCCUUCCUCCUGCCCUGGCUGCUGGGGGGCCAGGCGCUGCCCGCAGCGCGGGGGCCCCGCCGGCACAAAGCCCUGGAUGGGGCUCGGAAACACCACGCCUGGAAGGAGCAGAAUCCCUGGAUUUCCUCCUCGGUUAAUACCAUGGAGACUGGAGUCCCCAUCAAGGGCUUCUCCAGGGGCACAGACGGGCCGGCAGCAAGCUGGAACCCACCCCGCUGCGGCGUGCCAGACCUACCCACCCUGCCAGACGGCCAGAAUGGGCGGAACCGGCAGAAGCGCUUUGUCCUGUCGGGAGGACGCUGGGAGAAGACGGACCUCACCUACAAAAUUAUAAGAUUCCCGUGGCAACUUGUGAAUACUAAAGUGAGACGGACCAUUGCGGAAGCCUUGAAAGUCUGGAGUGACGUGACACCAUUAACCUUCACCGAAGUGCACGAGGGCCGAGCCGACAUAGUUAUUGAUUUCACCAGGUACUGGCAUGGCGAUAACCUGCCCUUUGACGGGCCUGGAGGCAUCCUGGCGCAUGCGUUCUUCCCCAAGACCCACCGCGAGGGAGACGUCCAUUUUGACUACGAUGAGACCUGGACCAUUGGGAACAACUUAGGGACUGACCUACUGCAAGUGGCUGCUCACGAAUUUGGUCACGUCCUGGGCCUACAGCACACUGCUGUCUCCAAGUCACUGAUGUCUCCUUUCUACAUCUUCCGCUACCCGCUGAGGCUGAGUGAGGACGACAAACAAGGCAUCCAGUACCUCUAUGGGAAACCAAAGAGCGAUCCGGUGCCAGCCCCGACACAGGAGGCAGAGCCAAACCCACCAGACAUCGAAACAAACGAGAUCACCAACGUGGGGUCUGUGCAGCCUGACGCCUGUGACACGGAUUUUGAUGCUGUUUCCACCAUCCGGGGGGAGCUGUUCUUUUUCAAGUCGCACUACGUGUGGCGGCUCAGGAAUGGGAAGCUGCAGGCCGGCUACCCAGCCCUGGCUUCUCGCCAUUGGCAGGGAAUUCCAAGCUCCAUCGACGCGGCCUUUGAGGACUCCCUAGGAAAUAUCUGGUUUUUCCAAGGCUCUCAGUACUGGAUUUAUGAUGGCGAGAGACGCGUGUCUGGCCCUGCUUCUAUCUCGGAGCUGGGCCUAUCUGCUUCUCCUGUCCAGGCAGCUUUGAUGUGGGGGACAGAGAAGAACAAGAUUUACUUCUUUAAGGGAGGCAGUUACUGGCGCUUCAACCCUAGCACCCGCCAGGUGGAGACCAUCUACCCCCGCAGGAUGGUCGACUGGCGUGGCAUCCCUCAGGAGAUUGAUGCUGCUUUCCAGGAUGAGUUUGGUUUUGCCUAUUUCUUGAGAGACCGGCUUUACUGGAAGUUCGACCCAGUGCAGGUGAAAGUGCUAGAGGGUUACCCACGCCAGAUCAGCCAUGACUUCUUCAGCUGUGCACCCUCCUCCAAUUUCUUCAGAUGAACAGAAGGUGCUGGCAUCCUCUAGAUUGCCCUCCCAUGUCUCCAACUGUCACUUUGAAAGAUGUCAUGCUCUUGGACAGAGAAAUCUCACAUGCAUUCCUGGCCUCCUGCUAUGCCCAGCACCUGACACAAUGGGUUGCACAAAUGGCUCGAGGAGACCUGUGGCAUGUAGUUGCCUGUUUUCAGAUUCCAGGGGCCCCCAAUCACAGCUUGGUGUUGGAAAUAAGGAUGCAGCCUGAUUGCUGUUUGAGUGGCUACUUUAACACUUCCAGCACUUAGAUCCCAGAGGCCAGCCUGGAAUGGGUCCUGCUUCCAAAGUUAUCUGGGCCCCAUCCACUUAGAAAAUGGAUCCCACUGGUAUUCCCUGUGUUACUAUUGCCCACAGCACAGCCAUCUUUGCUGUUCCUGACAUCAGCACUGUUGAGAAUGGAUUCCAUUGAUGGCCACUUUCCUAGCAUUGAAAGGGGAGUUUUAACUGUUCCCAAAUUCAGAUUCAAGACAUGUGCCCAGGUUGCUGGGGCUGCUUCACCAUGGUAAUAAAGGUGAGUUUGGACCCCUGCAUUUCAGCAUCUUGUCCCAGGUCUAUUGGUAUUUCUGUUUUUGUUUUGUAUUGUCACUAAUGUUCAUUAUAAUUUUGUACUGAUUUGUAAAAAUAUUCUGUGGGUUUUUUAAAGGUGCUAGGUUUCAGUGCUGGACACUGCCCGAUAUCUCCAUAUAUUGUUAAUAACUCUGGGAUCUCACUAAGACACUAGCUCACCACAAUACUGCCUGGAUGCUUGUAACUUUAUCAAAAUUUCAGGUUAAGUCUAUCCAAAUUCAAAACCAAUGUUUGUGCCUUGUUUCACUUCUUUAUUCUCUACCUAUUGCUGAAAAUCAGAACACAAAAGAGGGCCGUGCAUUUUCUCUAUCUAUUAUUCACCCAUCUACCUUCCCAUCUUUCACAAGCUAUUCUUCAUCUUCUUCCCCAUAUCUCCAAUUGAGCAAAAAUGUAUCUGCUUCCAGAUCUCAUGGUUUUUGCUGCAUAGCAAAACUUUAUGUAUUGUAACAAUCCUGGUUAGCAAAAUAAACCUACGGUGGCCCUUUCUGAUUGCCCAAGAAACGGAAAUAAAGAAAGGGUAGAAACCUACUCAGUUAUCCUUACUAUUUAUCAGCUUUCCUUCAGACCUCAUUAGCAGAGACAAAGUGGGAUUUAAACCUACCCACAGCAAAUAGAGAUAUGGCUCAGAGGCCUUUAUCAUCCUUAGGCCUGCAUGUUCUCUCUCAUUCAAGUUUUUUUUACCUCAUUCAAAUUUCAGGUCUAUGUUUUUUACUUCUUCUCAGUGUUUGUUUUUACAACCAUGCUUCUUCAAAGCAAGUAUGUAAAUGUUUGUACAAUGUGUAUAAAACCUUUUUAUAUAUACUGUGUGUGUAUGUGUGUAUAUAUAUACAUACUGUGCUGUAUCAAUAAAUGUGGUCUU